AUGGAAUACCAAUACCGGGCACUUCCCCCCCUGCAACCCUUUCUUCACCCCAGACCUGCUCCUCCUUCUUAUCACCCCGGGUCUCCUCCCCGAUGGACCACAAUGAAGCCCGCCGAGAAGCAUUUUCGCUGUACGAUCUGUCAGCGAGGCUUCACACGCAUUGAUCAUUUGAAAAGACAUCAUUUAAGACAUUCCGGUCAGAAGCCAUACUCAUGCGUUUUCUGCAACGAGGCGUUUGCGCGUUGUGACAACCUCCGAGAUCACUAUGCUGAUUGUGCUCAACGUGGGGAUCGCCAAAUCCCCGAAACCGGACAGAGGGGUCGCCGCCGCCAUGCAUGCCAAUCGUGUAUGUCUAUGAAGCUUCGUUGCGAUGGUCAAAGCCCCUGUGGUUCUUGCGUGAAACGAAAUCUCGAAUGCAAUAAUGAACGACUCACCCGCCCGUUACAACUCGAUCUGGACGAAGGAUCAGGGUCAGGAUCACCUUCAGGAAAGACUGAGAUUUACCCUGAACAAUCCGACCGUGGAUCUAUUAAGUUCCUGCUGAAUGGUGGUACGGAUACCUUCACGGAACACUGGAGUCUUCCCCCGAGGGGAGACCGUACACGAAGUCUGGUGUUUCAUCAUAGUCAAGAUCAACAGGAUUCUCCGACGGAGAUGUUUCAAUACGAAGUCCAACAAGUCAAUCAGCCUGACUUUACGCCGGCAAUGGUAGACUCAGAUCCAGCUGCCCUCGCAUACUGCCAACCCACAUUCCUCGAUUUCUUCAACGCACCUUAUGGCGAACAAAAGCCUAUAGAGGAUCCAUAUACCGGACAGAUGACUUAUCCACCAGCAGGUCAAGACCCAUGUCUGACCAUACCGUCACAACAGGACGUCUUCGAGCCUGAACCGGAGCGUCCGUUCGCUCUGGCCCUUAUUCAGUCCAUAUCAUCUCGAGCAUGGAUAUUGCCUUUGGAUCCAAAAGCUCAAGAAGAGAUAUCUCAAUGCCUGAGUACAUUGCUCACCACUGCUCGCAUCAGGAAAUUCAUUGCGUUGUACUUCAAGAAUUGGCAACCGAGCUGUCCAAUGGUUCAUCUUCCUUCUUUUGACCCGGAAACGGUACCACUACCACUACUAGCUGGAGUUGUCUUCAUGGGAGCUAUGUAUAGCCACGACCUGAGAGAAGUUUACAUGGCCAAGCGGGUUGUUGACUUCGCUGAGCUUUUCAUCUUCUCGACUCAAGUCUACUCACCCGACGUCGAGAUUGCGACCACAUUCCUAGGAAAUCGAAAUACAGAGGAAGAGGCGACUGAUUGGAUCAAAUUUCAGAAUUUCCAAGCAGGAUUCAUCAUAGUCUUAGUUCAAUUUUGGUCAGGCAAUGCUGCGAGCCGGGCGCGCGUGAUGGAGACCCGCUUCAGUGAAGUUGUCAAGUUAACUCGUCAUCUUGGUCUUACCAAAUGUCGGCACCUGCCACAAGAACAUACCAGUGAAACGAUGUGGAUUCAAAUGGAGUCACGCAUUAGAACCAUGUCAAUUGUCUCAUUACUGGACUGCGCAUUCUAUUUCUAUCAAAAUUACCCCUAUCGCUACGGCAUCUUCGAAAUGGAGCUAGAUCUCCCCUGCGAACAGUCCCUAUUUUGGUCUGAUCAUCCAUUUUCCGAGCCAAAUUUCCGCCUUUCCCGCAACCUCAGCCUAUACCAAGCAUUCCAGAACCUUUUUGCUCCAACACCAGCGGAGUCUCCUGGCAGGCCACCCGAGUACUAUCAGAUGGAUAUGACUAUAUUUGAUAUGUUCAUGCUUAUACAUGUUCUUUUCGCUUUCAUUAACACACAAAUCAUGCUUAUCGGCCUCACGAAGCGACCAGGCUCUCCUUUAUUAUCGUUGCAUAGCCCUUCUGAUACCACAAGUCCACUUCCUGAAAUCUCAUUCCUCAACAACAUCAGAGUGGCCCUCUCUCGUUGGAGAGAGCAUUGGAUCUCAUUACGAAACCGAAUCUCAGAUGAUGAAUGGACUGCAAUGGGCUUCUACAAAAAUGGGUAUAGUCUUUGGCUUGUCUCACAGUUGCUGGUCACUAAUAAGGAUGCCGUUGACGUUCUAAUGGAAAUGGAGGUGAACUGCGAAGAUAAACUGGACAAAUUGAAGGUCUUGUUAAAAGAUGAACAGGAGUAA